GCCAUCACCAGUGACCACUGCCUUGAUUCCCCCCACCAUGAGAGACGAUACGAGCAGUAACAAGAACAACAACAAUAACGAUCACAACAAUCAAAAUGAGGGGCGCCACCACCUGCGCCCCGAGGACAACCCGUUCGUCGCCUUCCGCCGGUUCGCAGACUCCCAGGUCUCCUCCCUCCUGAACACCGUCUUCACCCUCCCCGCCACCCUCGCCAGCUACAACAACGCGCACCAGGCACGUGAGUUGUGUCUCUUUGGCAAGGCCAGUCAGCAUCAAUGCGACAGGCUUCAUGACAUCGAGGUGGAGAUUGCCGAGCUGCGGAACGAGGGGAGGGAACUGUUCAGAGUGGGCGAUGUGCAAGCUGUCCUUCGUAACAGUGAGGAGCUCAUGAGGCUGGACCGCAGGGCUGAUGACAUACGCCGCGACAUCUUGCGUGUCUCUGAUCGAGAGAAUCAAACACAGCCCCCUCGUCAGAAUGAGACCGACCUCGUCGAGAGAGUCGCCAACAAAAAAGGCCAGGAGUGGGGAUGGUCGUGGGACUGGGGGUUUCCUCGGCCAUUCGAUCAUGAGAGUCAAAAUAGCCGGGACACAUCAGAGGAUCAAGACACCAACAGCUCUGUAGCUUUGGACAGGCUGCUGCGGAUGCAAGCGGAAAUGAUGCGACUGGCCCAAGACUUCGAAGACAAGGCUUGGGAAGACUCGGCCGUCCAUCUAGUAAGAUUCGACAAUUACACCCAGACCCAGUCUGACGGUAAACAACCUCGUCUAUGGUCAUGGUCAAAGUCAUGGCAAUGGCCUCCAACGCCAAAGACAUCAUCGUCUGACAUGGAUGCAUACUCGCCUUGUGCGCUAGAGCAAAAUCCUACCUUGAACAGAGCAGGUAUACCGUGGCGCGCUGCCUAUGAAGAUCUUCUGCGGGCCGAAGAGCUCUCUAUGUCGCAGCAACAGUCAGCGCAGACUAUGGAACAAGACAACGAGACUACGCAUCCAAGCAGCAUGUAUACCGACGCUUGGUCGUCUCGGCCCAAGAUCCCUAUCACUCACCGACAAUUGGAAGAGAUGGUGGAGCGGAGCGAGGAGCCUAUUUGUCCACGGCUUGCUGCGCAAGCUGAACCGGGCUACGGAUACAGCCACGAUCAUGACGACUAUACCAAGGAAAUGCAAGACCCCGCGACGGAAAUGGACGCCUAUGAGCGUCUUGAUGCUGCGUCUGCACAUACAGUCGUCCCGCCUCUGGCUGGGCAAAACGAGCAGAACGAGGCCAAGUCUUCUAUCUUAUCGACACUCACAACUACCGAGCGCACUGUUGCGCCCAACGGCACCAUAACCACCAAAGUCUUGCUCAAAAAACGCUUUGCGGACGGCCGCGAGGAAAGCACAGAAACUGUACAUACUGAGCGCGGCCAAGAAACUAACAACCCCUCACGAGAUCCUUGGAAGGCACUACGAAGCGCUCAGUCGGAUUCGUUGGAAACAGGGGAUAGCCAUGGCAAGAAGAAAAGUGGUUGGUUUUGGUCCAGCUAACUGUCCUGCUGUCAGUAAAUCCACGUUAAACUAUGCAACAGGUUGUGUGAGAUUUCAAACAUCUUAGUGGGUUUGCAAUCGCUGUUCGCUUCUAUCUAUCUGGCAUAUUCCGGUUCAGUUUUCUGUAAAUAGCAAUUCGCACAUACCCCUCUCAAUUCAAUGCAAAUUCUUUGUCUUCUUUC